GGGCGGGAAGGAGGGAGGAGCUGCGCCCCCCCUCGCCGCCGCCGCCCAGGAUGCGAUGGGGAACUGCUGGUCGCAGGGGUGCUGCGGGCUCUUCCUGCGGAGGGAAGCGGGACGGCUGCAGCGAGGCGGCGGAUCAAAGUAUUUUAGAACAUGUUCAACGGGAGAACACUUCACUAUAGAGUUUGAGAACCUAGUGGAAAGUGAUGAGGGGGAAAGCCCAGGAAGCAGUCACAGGCCUCUGACUGAGGAAGAAAUUGCUGACUUGAAAGACAGACAUUAUGACUCCAUUGCUGAAAAGCAGAGAGCUGUUGAUAUGAAACUUCAGUCAGAGUUAGCCUUACAAGAGGAGAAGUUAAGAAUAGAAGAGGAGGCUUUAUAUGCUGCACAACGUGAAGCAGCCAGGGCAGCAAAGCAGAAAAAGCUCUUGGAGCAACAUAGACUGCAAAGGAUAACACAGAGAGCGCAUGCUGUUAAUAAUGGAGAAUAUCAAAGUUCUGUCACAGAGGAAGAUUUUGAUUCCUUCUUGAGAAAUACAAAAUUCCAGUAUGAAGCUUUUCGAAGUAGUAGACUUUCAUCUGACGCUACAGUACUGACACCAAACACAGAGAGCAGUUGUGACUUAAUGACCAAAACAAAAUCAACAAGUGGAAAUGAUGACAGCACUUCAUUAGAUUUAGAGUGGGAAGAUGAAGAAGGCAUGAACAGAAUGAUUCCAAUGAGAGAACGCUCUAGAACAGAAGAAGAUAUACUCCGGGCAGCACUAAAAUUUAGCAGCAAGAAGACUGGAAGUAAUCCAGCCUCAGCCUCUGAUGACUCUAAUGGUUUGGAGUGGGAGAAUGACUUCGUUAGUGCUGAAAUGGAUGAUAAUGGCAAUUCAGAGUAUGCUGGAUUUGUAAAUCCUGUCUUAGAUUUGUCUGCAUCAGAUGUAAGGAUAUCUGACUCUGAUCAACAAGACAGAUAGUGAAACUUUGUGGCUUCUGUUUAUGACCAAAUGCUUAAAAGUGAAAGACAAAAACAUUGCUCUUUUAUAAGAAAAAGAAGGGAACAAUGUCAUAAAUUAAUCAGCAAGGAAUGUGAAUGACUUGCUAUCUGAAUUAAUUCAGAAUUAAGUGCAAUUUUAUCAUCUACCUUCUAAAUUUUUGUGAAAACUAGGAUGAAUCUAUUGUGUAUAUUUCUGGAUAUCUGGUUUAAUAUUAUCCGCACUAAUUAAAACUUUGCAGCUUGACAUGUCUGUAUUUUAACUAAGCUUUUUUUUUUUUCUGGAUCAUAUUUCUACUGAUUUGUUUUUAAAAUUCAUCAUUGGCCUAAUGUUUAUCUCAGAAAUAGUCUUAUAUAAUUUAUCUAAUACUGGAAUAUGGAAAAAAUUUUAUUUGUCUUUUUUUUUGGCAGUAUGUGCUAUAUGAUUUGUUCUUUAGCUAUUUAGGGGGCAAAAUCGGCAAUUUAUUAUGUGUGAAAUUUGUUUUGCAAUUGGCUAUUUUCCCUCUCUAACUUACAUUCUUCCUGACCUAUGUUUUCCUCUUUACAUUUUUUUUAAAUACUAAGCACAAUUAACCUGUAUAAACAUAGUGUAAAUCAUCAGGUUAGGUAGGAUACUGUCUUGUAUAAUAUGCCAGACAUAGUGAGAGUGUGCUAGAUAGAAAACAACUAUACAAAUUCUUUAUGCUUAAAACUGGAAAAUUUCAGCAUUAUUUAAUGGAGAACUAGGAAGACCAAAGUUUUGAUUCUCCCCUGCCUCCCCCAAACCCUGAAACAGAUCUAAAGAUGUUAUUACACAGCAGUUAAAAUUCUUAAGUUGUGGAAGACUUGUAAUUCAGGUUGAUAGGAACAGUUAUUGAAAAGCAGCGUUCUCUGAGCAAACUGGAAAGGAGAACAGUUGCUCUGCUACUAGGUUGGAAAGAACAAGAAUCUAAAAACUGGAUUCCUGUAUCUGCAUAAAACAAAGGAAGAAUGACUUUUCUUUUUCAGGUUACAAAACAGUGUAUUUAAGUGCUUUAGCUUUCCUGUGCCUCUUAAUUGGAUCGUUAAUUUUCCUAAUAUGGGCUGAAAUUUAACAGGUGUUUAGUUACUGCAAAUCUUGUGUAAUUUAUUGUGUGAUCUUCCCUUUAUUUUUAAUAUAAGUUUAAAAAUUUUUUUUUAAUGCUAACUGAAGAGAAGUGCAAAACAAUUGUAAAUCUUAAGCUUUCCCCAAAGUUUCAGUAAAGUCAUUCUAUUCUGCUGCUAUUUUGUGUUGCUCUCUUGCUUCUCCCUAAAUAAAGGGUUUGGGGUGCGACUUCUCCAUUGUCGAAUAAAAGCAACACAGUUAAGUAGUAAAAGCUGCAUUGUCAAAGGAAUUGAACAUGCUGGUAACAGUUGUGUAACUGUUUUAGAUUAUCUGAUCCCAUAUAAUGUCAGGGUCACUAUAAUGUGGUCCUCUUCAUGUUAUUUUAGCUUAAAUAAAAAUACUGGAUAUUUGGAUUAAGUAUGUACAUAUAUUGACAUUAACAAACAAAUCUUUUGCUGAUAACAUUCCAUUUCUUAAUUUAAACUGUAGCUAUGUCACUGGAAAUAUUAAAUGUAACUGUCUACAUUUGCAGUGCCUGUAAUAUGCUUUAAAAAAUUUGUACACAUCAAAUGUAUAUUUUUGGUUUGGCAUUAGCUACUCCUGUUUAACUUUUCCUAACAUGUAUUCGUAUGAUAACCUAUUGAAAGUAAGGCAACUUUCUCAACAUGUAAAUAAACACUUUUUUACUUGCUGAAACUGUAA